GUUAAUGUUUACGCAUGCUCAGAUCAAUCAAAACAUCUAUCCACAGACGAAACUUCCGGUGGUUUUGACACGAAAAUAUUAAGCCAAUUAUAUUGGUGAAAAUGUCGCAUUUUGUGGAUAAUUUCUGGGGGGAAAAGAACCAGGGUUUUGCAGUUCUCUACAAUAAUAUGAAAAAUGGCACUACUUCUACUAAAGAGUUGGAAGACUUUAUUCGAGAAAGAUCAGGUAUUGAAGAGACAUACUCUAAGAAUAUCAGUAAGCUGUCAAAAAUAGCCUUAAACAGCUCUACAUCAGGGUCAUUUGCACCUUUUUGGAAUGUCAUCAAAAAUGCAAUGGAUAAACUUGCUACUACUCACCUAAGAUUUAUUGCAAAAUUACACGACUUGGUGAAAGAGGUACACAAGUAUGGCGAAGAGCAGCAGAAGAAACACAAACUGGUCAAAACUGAAGUGUCAGGCACAUUUAAUGUUGUUCAGUCCAUAAACUCAACGAAGGAGUCAUUGGAAAAAGCCAAAGAAAUUUACAACACACGGUGUAUAGAGCACGAAAAACUGAAGCGAGAAAAUGCAACAGCAAAGGAAAUAGAGAAAGCGGAAACAAAAUAUAAAAAAGCUAAGGAAGAAUACAAGUCACUGGUUGACAAGUACGCUAACUUAAAGAACGAUUAUGAGCAACAGAUGACAGACACAAGCCAUAAAUUUCAACAAAUAGAAGAGAGCCACUUGAAGGAGAUGAAAGAUUUUAUUCGAUCAUACAGUAGUUCAGUUCAGGAAUGUCACUUCUCCUUGGGACAGAUCCAACAGGAGUUUUCCCAGGAGUGUGAAGACAUGACGGAACAGAAAUUGAUUGAAGUAUAUGUUAAAUCAAAAGGCACAGGAAGAGAUAAGCUACGUAAAGAAUCACCUGAAGUGGCAAAUUUACAGCAGCGAGUGUCAACGAGUCAAAGCAACAUAUCACUCAGCUCAUUCAAAAAUUUACGUGUGGACAUCCUUGGGAGUCAACAACGCACAUUUCGUGAGCUUGUACAAGACACAGAACCCGACCCUGUUGUCGGUCAUCCCACCCUACCAAAUAAUACACCACAAGUUGAUGAAGAUGGCUACACUAUUCGACCAGACAAUACGGAUGAUGGUUUUAAGGCAGAAACUUUUUACUCAGAGUCUGAUUCCGAUUCUGACUAUAAUGAUAAGCCUCCUCGCAAAAUCCAUGUUGAAAUCAAACCAAUCGUGCCAGACGGGAACUCAGGAAACACAGCGGCAUCAGUUGAUGAAAUCAAAGCCUCCUUAGCUGGUAAAAAACUUACCCUAUCACCAGCAAUGAGGCGAGACAAGUCAAAUGGUGACAUUAAGCGGCGAACACAGAUUGGGAGCAGAAGCUCUAAUAACAGUACGAAAAGCAACAGUGACCUUAUGGCCUUUGACCCAUUAAGCACAUCACCUGGCGGUUCAAGUUUGAUGUCUCACCAUAGCGACACCAUAAGUGGUACCUCUCCAACUUCUAGUGAAACAAGCAGUGAUAUCCUACAGAGUCCACACGGUGUAAAUGAUAUACUGCCUCCAACGCUACCAGCUAAGAGCAGACACAGUAUAGGGCCGUCGUUCAACUCCUUACCACCACCACCAACAAGACCGUCUUCUAGGCCUAGAAGUAUUCAGUCUCCCAGCCCAGCAUUCAAUGAACCACCACCAUUACCUUUACCACGUCAAGACAGCUCGUCCUCAUUAACAGGCUUGGGAACAUUCAAUUCAUCACCUGCUAUCGGCACCUCACGUGGGCCUAGCCCUCUGACACUAGGCAUGUCGGACACUAUACCAAUAGCAGCAGCCUUUAUUGAAACCGUUAAUGCAUAUUUCAAGGGAAUAGAUCAAUCCAAGUGUAUGGUUAAAAUCACAGGUGAUAUGAUGCUGUCGUUUCCUGCUGGUGUCAUCCAUGUGUUCACCAGUAACCCGAAUCCGCCGGUUCUCUCUUUCAUCAUCAGAAAUUUUAACAAACUGGAGCAAGUUUUGCCAAACAAACAGCUUGUUAGUCAGGAUGUUGCACAAAGUUCUGAGAAUCUUCAAGUGUAUUCAUUCAACAUGACGGCGCUUGUGUCUUUACUACGGAGUCAAGCAGAGAAGAACACACAAGCUUCCUAUUUCAAUGUAGACAUUCUAAAAUACCAGGUGCGGGCACAACCAGACGCUCAGUCCACACCCUUACAACUGUGCAGUUACUGGAAGUGUGAGUCCAACACCACAGACCUACGCGUAGACUAUGUGUACAACCCAAGUGCCCUCCAGCCUGCCAUACCGUUAACAAACGUGUCCUUACUUGUCCCUGUUGAUGGCGGUGUUUCUGUUAUGCAUUCCAAACCUCAUGCAACAUGGUCAGCUGAAAACAAGAGAGCCUUAUGGAAAAUACCAGAGAUCUCUCAGAAGUCUGAGGAUGGUGGAUCUGGCUCCAUACGGGCCAAGUUUGAGCUGACCAAUGGACCAACUAAGCCGUCCACGUUGGCUGUUAGUUUUGGAUGUGACGGUACCACAUUGUCCGGUAUUGACAUAGAGUUAGUGGGAACAUCAUUUCGCCUUUCACUUGUCAAAAAGAAAUUUUCAUCAGGUAAAUAUUUAUCAGAAAGUUGAAAAGCAGUGAUUCCGUUCCAGCAGGUUUCCAAUUAACUGUUACAGAAGGUUUCCAGUUUCAAUCCUGAUUGUCAACCUUUAUCAAGAAACUGCCAUGAUUCGGACCAAGACUCAGAUAUCUCAAGAACUCACCUUUUAUACUUAUUGACUAUCAGGGAUUAUUCAAUUAAAUAUAGACAAACACAUAUUGAUUAUCACAAAUGCCAGGGAUGAAAUCCAAUCAAGAUUAAGCAAAAUAUGUUUGAGGAUAUGAACCACCAGGAACCCUAUGAUUUUAAUGAAUAUUUAGAGAGAACAAAAAGAUAGAAUAGCAGGAAAUUUUUGAGAUAAUUUACUCAUGUCUUCAUGGAUAUGGAAUUCAAAAAACUGGAAUACAGGGUCAGAUCUGCAAUUUUGCGUUGUAUGUCAGUAAUAACAACAGCUAGGGGAGCAUGUGUCUCCAUGGCCUUUUCCCAUUUCCCUACUUUUUAGUGGGCCAUUUUCUCCUCCCCACAUUUUUGGCCUUCCUCUCAUGGUUCUCUUCUCCCAUCUUAUUCUACCUUUGGCUACUCCUUGUUAUAUAAGGAAUGUAAAAAAAUAGUUUGGAAUACAUAAGAUACAAAAGUGCUUUAAAUAGGAUUGUUACUUUGAGCUCAAUUUGCCCUUUAAUGAAGCCUAUAUUUAACUUAGUUUGUUAAUAAGAUUGAUAGUUAAAAAAAACCACUUGGAUGUAAGCAACUUAACAUAAGGAUAGUCGUGUUUUUCAACUGAAAGAUCUGAAAUCCAAUCCAUGUUUAAAAAUGUCAAUUUGAACUUGUAUGCAAAUUUUUAGGUCUGAGCUAAUCAUAACUUGGCUUACAACACAUAGGAUGUGUCUACUAACUAGUGCCUCGUGAGACCCAAUUUAAAUUUAGGUUCAAUACAAAAAUGUGCAGUGUGUACUUAUAACAAAAAUUCAGUCAAUUUUUGGCUCUGUUAUCUUACCCUUCCCCUAACUCCUACCUCCAAAUUCCAGUAGCAUCUGACCUUCAUUCCUGUUGAUGUGUGCAUCACUGUUGUAAAGGAAUUUUUGUAGCAUUUUUAAAAUACAAGAACUGCUGUAAAUAUAUAUAUAUAUAUAUAUUGCUAUAGACGGUUGUGGUUCUAUAGGCAGAUACAUAGCUAUUCAAAGUCUAGCAAUGCCAUUACUUGUGUAAACCAAUACACAUACACAUAAAUGUACACAUUCAUUUACAUGUGUAUAUUUGUGUAUAAAUUAUAUGUAUUCAUGCAUAGUACUGUAUGUUUUAUGUGUUAGGAAUAAUAUGAAUUUUUUUACAAAGAUGUUAUAUGAGAUGUUAGCUUGAGAUCUGUAAGUGCCUUUGUGGAGGUUGUAAUUAUCAACCUGUAUGGUGCAGAUCGAGAUUCUAUGAGAGUUAUUAAUAUUCAUUAUGGUAAUUAGCUACCAUCUGCUGCAUGUACUUGCGCAAACGUCAUUUCAAGAAUGACACCAAAGUAGUUCUUUGAUUCAUUUUUUUUUAGAAGAACCAUUAGUUAGAAUUGAGAUGUUGAUUAAGUGGGAAGUGCAGUGCCUAACUCUAGGCAUUAGGACCCAAUUAUUUGAUAGUAAAGAGGUGAAUGCACUUUUACAGAUUAUCUUAUUUUUUAUAAUGCAGUUAUAUUCAAGGGACCUACUCUUCUAGGAUAUUGAAAGCAUAAGUAAGCAAAUACAGCAGGGCUGUUUGGAGCUUAGAAAUUAUAAAAAAGUAAGUGGUGGAUAAGGCCUAUGCUGAACGGAAACAGAGUUGGGAUGUGAUAUAUAUGUAUAUCAAAAAGUACAAUUAAUGUUGUGAUUUUUAUUUGAUUUAUGUCCAUAUGAGUGUAUUUCAGUUUUAAAAAACAUAUUUAUGUGGUCACUUUUUGUACUUGUAUUAUUCCAGAGUUUAAUAAAUGGGAAUGUAUGUAAGUUUAUUAUACAGUAAUAAAGAGAUAGAUGAAAUUGAUUAAUUCACAGACCUUAGUUUUGUGAUUUAAAACAAAAAUGUGAUAUACUUGUACAUAAUAUAGCUUAAUAGCAAAACAAAUGCUCUUUUUUUCUCUCCCUCAACUGCCUCCUAGCAAAUGUCACCAAUUUUAACUUUGUAACCUAUCAAUUUAUCAGAAUAUUCUUCCUAAUUGUAACACAAGUCACAGUUUUCAUUCAACAGUUGUCACUUUGCUGCCAAUCACUUGUCACUAAAUAAUCAAUUGUCACUCUGCAAUUGUUUAUUAGCAUUUGUAAUUUACCUUUGUAACUUACCAAUUGCCUCUUAGCAUUUCUAACUUAACAAUAUUGUCACUGUAUUUUGUGAUCUGCCUGCUUUAUUUGUUGCAAUGCAAUUGUGAUGUGUGUAUAUAGAUAUUAUAUUUGUUGUUGUCUUAGCUUUUUUAAUUCAUUAAUUAUGUACAAUUCUCUGUUAUUUUACAAUCUAAUAUAUUCAGAUUCUAUAAAGUAAAUUUUUCUUAGUUAAUUUGCGGGGGAAAAAAAUAAUUGUCGUUCAUACAUAGCAAUUCCAUAGGUUGUUAAGGAUUUAUUCAUGUGUUAUAUAUUAUGAAAUGGACGAGAAACAUUUUGUAGCAGAAAGUUGGAUAUAGAGGAAUGAAACCAAAAAGUAACUUCUACAGUACUGUGUUUUAAGACAGAGUUUUAUUGAAUAUCCUUGUUUCUCCAUUUCGUAAUUCAAUAGUAUUGUUCUAGUUUUUAGGAAGAAUUUUUCCAUAGGAAGAAAAUAUGAAUAACAACUGUUGUCAAAUCACAAUACAAAGCAGUUUGUCAAUAUUAGGCUUUUUCCACCUCUAACUAUUAGAUACCUGAAAGGGUGUGACUGUCCUGUAUUGAAUAUAUUUAGUCUGCUGAUGAAUAUUCAUACAUGAUAAGGAAUACUUGCAAGUGAUUGGAUGAAGUUGCUGGUGUGACUGUCCUCAAUUGAAUAUAUUUAGUCUACUGAUGAAUAUUCAUACAUGAUAAGAAAUACAUGCAAGUGAUUGGAUGCGGUUGCAUAUUGUGUAUUAAUACUAUUUUCAAGGAGGCGGGUAUUAAUGGGAAGAACAAGUUCUUUCAGUAGAAAGCACUGUAUCACUAUCAAACAUUAACGUUUAGUUUAUUAGUUAAUUAAAUAAGCAGAUCUUUAUGAAUUGAGAUUUUUAACUGUAUUACUGUUAAUUAUUUACCCUACUGUAUAUGUGUAUAGGCUAUUAAAACAAACGUUUAACUUUGUUCUUAACACAAGGGAAGAAUUCCUAGCAUGUUCGACCAUUCCCUCAGUACCUCAUCAGCGUAUUGACUGUAACAUGGCUGAAGAAAGCCACGCCAAUUCAGGGCAAGUUAUCUUACAAACAUGUGAACCUAUUAAAAAUAGUAGAUUAUUGUAAGCUUGUGUCGUACCCAGUCUCAUUUGAGUGUUGGAUUUUGCACCGGGAUGUAGAUUGCUUUUUUAACACCUCUUUUAAAGAAACAUGGUUCCCUAUCCAGGAGGUUGACCUGGGAAUUGUCCACAUGGGGACCAGAUGAUUCUUUGUAGGUGCGUUGAGAACAAAAGCCUAGAAAAACUUAAUUUUUGUUUUAUUUAAAUAUCAACAUAUGGCAAUUAUUCAGAUAUAUAGGCUAUUGUGUUAGUUUGUUUCAUGUUUCAUUGUCUUUUGUUGAGAACAUUUUUCUAAUAAUUCUUUUAUUAUCUCCAGUCCAACAAAAGUGAGAAUUUAGUUCUAUAUAAUGAAUAUUUGAAUAAGAUCAUAUAAGUUUUUGUAACUUCAUAAUAUACCUGUUCUGCUAGGUUUUAUUUAUACAUAUUCUCAUCAAAAUAUAGUAUUAAUACACCCAGAACAUUAUUAGGGAAUAGCACUAUUAAGUUAUGUAAAUAAUCGUUUAUAAGAGUACAGUAUAAAAUAUAUUACAACACUUAACACGGUUGGAUAUUUUUAUGAAACACAUUUUAUCAUAUUGUUCUAAUGUUUAGAGUUGAUUAUGGCAUUUUUUCUAUGGCUAUUUUUUCUUGAAUUUUCAAAUUAAUGAGCGAUUUAGACUUUCCUUCCAACCUGGUUUAAACACUUAAGUAGGGAUACUUAAUAACUGAAUGAUUUGUCAUAACAUUUUUGACUUAUAGAGUAGUGUUAGUUAAUGCCAAGAUUGGGUGGCUUGAAGAUGCUGAUUUGUUGAUUUAUUGAUUGCUGAAGUCAGUUUUCAAUAACUGAUUCUUUGAUCCUUGUACAUAUCAAUGUAUUUAUCGGAUAUCAAAUGUAGGCAAAUUUUGAUAGAGAGUGUGGUUAUCCAAUUUAUUAGAGAUUGAUUGAUUGAUUGAUGUAAUGAAAAAUAUGUGAAUAAUGUUAAUUGAGAUGAAUGUGUAUGUAAGGAAUGUAAUUGAAUGAUUGAAUUGGACAUAAAUGACAUCUCGAUGAUAAAGAUAAAUCCUAAAUUUUCAUAGGUUUAUAAAUAUUGAGUUUUGUAUAACAAAAAAAAUAGUAAUUCAGCCUUUAAUAUUAUGUAUGACAUGGCAUUAUCGUGUAUGACAUGGCAAUUAUCGUGUAUGACUCAUGAGUAUCUGUUGUUUUUACACAAGCAUACAACAUUUGCAUGUAUUAUGCAACUGGAGAAACCACAGUUUCUAAUGCACAAAGUGUAAUGGCAAUUUUGGCGUGUAUUUGAUUUAUAUGAUACUUUGACCUCUCUGGCUGAGCUGUAUUUUUUCCUAGCAAAUGAUUAAAACAUAUUAGCCUUUGUUGAAAUCAA